AUGUCCGAAAUUUCUUUCAACAUUGACCACGGUUAUUUAGAAGGCCUUGUCCGUGGCUUCAAGGGCGGCAUACUUAAACAAUCGGACUACUUGAAUUUGGUGCAGUGUGAGACAUUGGAAGAUUUGAAACUCCAUUUGCAAAGUACAGACUAUGGGAACUUCCUUGCUAAUGAGCCCAGCCCCUUGACGGUAAAUGUUAUUGAUGAACGUCUUCGAGAGAAACUGGUUAUAGAGUUCCAGCAUUUACGGAACCAUUCUCUUGAACCAUUGGCCACAUUCCUUGAUUAUAUCACAAAUACAUAUGAAAAUAUUUUUAUUCUGUUUUUGUAUCUGAUUUCUACCUAUCUACCUGUGUGUCUGUUUUCUGUCUCUGUGUCUUCUGCCUCUCUGUCUCUCUCUGUGUCUUCUGCCUCUCUGUCUCUCUCUGUGUCUUCUGCCUCUCUGUCUCUCUCUGUGUCUUCUGCCUCUCUCUGUGUCUUCUGCCUCUCUCUGUGUCUUCUGCCUCUCUGUCUCUCUCUGUGUCUUCUGCCUCUCUGUCUCUCUCUGUGUCUUCUGCCUCUCUGUCUCUCUCUGUGUCUUCUGCCUCUCUGUCUCUCUCUGUGUCUUCUGCCUCUCUGUCUCUCUCUGUGUCUUCUGCCCUCUCUCUCUCUGUCUCUUCUGUGUCCUCUCUCUCUCUCUCUGUGUCUUCUGCCUCUCUGUCUCUCUCUGUGUCUGUCUUCUGCAUCUCUGUCUCUCUCUGUGUCUGUCUUCUGCAUCUCUGUCUCUCUCUGUGUCUGUCUUCUGCAUCUCUGUCUCUCUCUGUGUCUGUCUUCUGCCUCUCUGUCUAUCUCUGUGUCUGUCUUCUGCCUCUCUGUCUCUCUCUGUGUCUGUCUUCUGCCUCUCUGUCUCUCUCUGUCUCCAUAUUUCAUUGAUUGCAUUUCUGAACAAGAUCUUAACGAGAUGAAUGUAGAAAUUAUCAGAAAUACACUGUAUAAGGCUUAUCUUGAAGAUUUUUACAAUUUCUGCAAAGAAUUGGGAGGUGCAACUGCUGAAGUGAUGUGCGAAGCUUUAGCCUUUGAAGCUGACCGAAGAGCAUUCGUUAUUACCAUAAACUCAUUUGGAACCGAAUUGACUAAAGAUGAUCGAGCCAAGCUUUAUCCUCGACUGGGUAAGCUCUACCCUGAUGGCCUGAGCAUGUUGGCCAGAGCUGAUGAUUACGAUCAAGUUAGAGCAGUGGCUGAUUAUUAUGCAGAAUACAAAGAAUUAUUUGAAGGUGUCGGAACAAAUGCUGGAGAAAAGACGCUUGAAGACAGAUUUUUUGAAUAUGAGGUGAAACUGAUGAGGAAUGCCUUUAUGCACCAAUUCCACUAUGGAGUCUUCUACUCUUACUUGAAGCUUAAGGAACAAGAAUGCCGCAACAUUAUCUGGAUUGCUGAGUGUGUGGCUCAGCGUCAUCGGGCCAAAAUUGACAGUUACAUUCCAAUCUUCUAA